AUGCCUCCAAAGAGAAAUGUCGAGCAAACUUCUGCUCCUAAUAAAAAUAUCCUAGAAAAGCCUCCUAGAAAGAGAGCAAAGAGGGAAAAGGUGGAGAAACCGAAACUUAGGACGCCUACUGUAAUAAAACUUAAAAUACCGGUGCCAAGAAAAUCUCAAAAUGUUGUGUCUCCAAUCAAAGAGCCUGAACUUACGCCUAAAAAGAAGAGACGGCUGUCACCUAUUGGAGCUCUACGGAGAAAAAUUGAACUCGCUAAUGAAGUGGCCCUUGCGCAACUAGUGAAACCUGGAGUCAAUGAAUCACCAAAGGUUCCACCAGUCGAAGAACCUAAGAAACCCAAGCGAGCACUCCGAAAACCCAAGGCCAAUGUAGCUACCAAAGGAAAAACUAAGAAAUCGAAAGAUAUUCCUGAAAUAGUGACUGACUGCGCUUCGGAUACAUCUGCAGAACCUGUUCAAGACCAAAAACCGGCUAAAAGAGUUAAUAAAAAACUCGCUACACCUAGAUCUGAUGCCAAACCAAAAGUUACAAAUAAACAAAUGAAAAAAGCAGAUUCAACAUCGAAGAAACCGCGAAAACAAGUAAAGGAAAUACAUAACAAAGAGACCAAAUUACAAAAUACGGACAAGAAACCCCGUACAAGAGGUAACGCUUUGGAAGAAGUAACUUCAACUGACAUACCAAGCUCUCCAUCGCUCUUGGAUAACAAACAAAAGACGGUCCACAACGAUAUAAAACCCACAAACACAGAAAUGACCCGCUCAGCCCCAAAAAGUCCUCUACCAAUUGACUCUCGUAAAACUAGCACGUCAGAAUGUCUUUCUUGGACUAAAGAUAUCUCGAGUUCAAGCACAACCACAUGUGUUACUGUUGAUUCCAACGAUUUCUAUAGAAUUGAUAAAAAGAUUCCUGUGUUAAGACUGUCUCAUGUUGACAACAAGUGGCGGAGACAAUACAAAGAAAACGAUGACUGCUGUAGCAACUCUGACUCUGAAACCAGCGAUAUAGUGACCAAAUAUACUUCUUCUUAUAGCCAUUCAUCUCGAUCUUUAGACCUAAGUUCAGACUCAAGUUAUACACACCAAAGCAAUUUUCAAAGCAGCGCAACUAAAGAUGAAAUCUGCAAAUUUGCUCUAGAAAAGCUUUCUUCGCAACUAAAGAAGUUAGAUUUCGAAUUCGUUAAUUGGAUAGGACAUGACACUGAAACUGUUGACGCAGAAAUCAAAAUGAUACAGGGCAAGAUGUUCAAAAUCCUCAAAGAAGAAAAUGAAGCCAUUACUCUUUGUCGAAACAUAAAGAAGUUAUUCACACCUGUUGACAAUAGUCUUUUAAAAGGCAAAAAUGAAUGUGAUUUAACAGAAUCGUCUAACGAGCUCUUGGAACGCGCCAAUAAGGAGCUCAAUAAUACAAUUGAUAGAUCUGAGGAUGAUGAAUUUACUUCCAGCAGAAGUAGGUAUGUCAUGUUUGAUCAGAACUGUCAGGCGGAAGAAGAUCCGCUUCAGGAGCCUAAAGUUACAAACGAUAACUCAGAAGGUGACGACAAUUUUAUCUCAGAUAAAGUACAACAUAGUGAAGAUAGGUACAUGUCCUUUGAAGAAACGCCUUAUAAUGAUGACGACGACGCACUCUCUCUGUUUGCCGAAAGCUUAACUGGUAUAGAAUCUUCUCGUCUCAAUAGUUCGGCAUCCAUGUCGGUAGCUGCUUCCGAACACGAAGAGUACAUCCCUCAGCCUCUAACAAAAGACUUUGUGAACUUAGAAAGACAUAUAUACCAGCCAACUAAAAUUGCAGCAUCUGAGCGAGUUCAAAAUUUUCGAAUCGAAAAACAAAACGCUGACUCAACUUAUAGAGAAACUGACUGCGACGUCCCACGCCAUCCUGAAGUUCGAAAUAAGAAUUUAAAAUUGCCUAUCUGUCCAACUAACUGUACAACUCCAUCUAAUAACGUUCAAAGAAAAUUACCAUCUAUAUUUGACACGACAUAUAGAACUCCACCAAGCACUAGAAGUGUUGUCUUCAAGGGGGUUUGUUUCUAUAACCUCAUUUCCAAUUGUAUGAAGGCUCGGUGUGUAUUCCCUCAUAACCAAAUCAGUGAAAACGAAGUAAAAAAUAUACUGACCCGAUUAAACGAGUAUGUAUUCGUUCAAGAGUACAUGAUUAUGAGAAACUGGCCCGUAUUGCGACGCAAAUUUGGCUUGUUGUAUGUAGAAGAAUGCCAAGCAAGACACUUAACUGGAACACUCUUAGAAAUGACCAUAGAUUUUAUUUCAAAGGCCAAAUUUGACUCCAUUGAAGACUUGACGUUAAAGGUGAAUGUCUCAGAACUCACUUUGCUACAUCUUAAUACAGUUGACCUUAAUGAUUAUUGCCAAAUACUCAAACACAAUUUUGGACAAGACAUUUUGUUGUGUGAUGUUCUGAUGCACACGAUUGCUGUAACACAAAACUUUUCACGAUUCAAGUUAGUGUUUAUUAACUUGACAAAUUACGUUAUCGAAAUUGGGAGAAAGUUUAGACACGACGUAGCUAGUCAAAUAUUGGAACGGGUGUGUAUCUUGCCCUCUGAAAAACCUCUUGCUUUGGCUGUAGUGAAAAUAAUACAAAAUACAGACGCUAGUAUUCUCAAUAAUUCAAUGAUCGAGCAGUUCGAAAAGCAGUUGUUGUCACUUGAUAAAAAAUUGUCUGAAGAACUGUUGCUGUACAAGAGCCAGUCAAGAAAGAAUUACACCUCUCCGCUCUUGAGCCAGGAAUCUGAUCAAAUAAGCUUACCACAUUCGGACAGGGAAAAUAGAUAUACGUCACCAGAUACUACUAAGUUGGAUAUGAUCAAAGCAAUAAAAGAACCGGUUAUAAAACGGACGAUAAAUCUACCGCAGAUGGCAUUCUCACCUCAGUGCCAAAUAAUUCAGAGGUCAAUUAAGCCUGGAUGGAGAAGCAAUAAUUAUGGUCGACACGGGCUAUUACUGAGGCCGCCCAUGCCUAUUAGAGUCCCAGGACCGACACGACAUGUAGCUUUCGGAUCACCGCCUAAAUUCCCAAGAAGAUCUGGACCAGAUUUCACUUAAUCUGAUAGUCGUUAAGGAGUUUCAUUCACCGCGCGCGAGGUGAAGCAUGUAAUCAUUUAUUUUAUGUAAUCAAUAUUACAAUUUAAAACACAAUAAAAUAAGAACGCCACUAGUAAAAACAAUAUUUUAAAA